CCCGUGAUCUCUACUGAAGGGAUCACGUGAUCUUCGACCACGUGAUAUACCUUCUGUACGGACACGUGAUCAGAAGCGAGUAGGUAUAAGAGAAGUCUGUACUUAGUUAUCUUCUCUUUUUCUCAUCUUUUAGCUUCUGUACGAUAGGUAGAAGCAUACUCGUUCGCUAGGCCUCUCCGCCCAUAAUAAUUACCUUCAUAACUAUAAUCAACACACUAUCAAACAAGAAACUAAUCUAAUUUGGAAUUAUUCAUUAUCAAUCGAGGCUGACAUAAUGGCAACUAAUACAAUUCCUAAGACCAUGUUAGCAUGGCAGAAGCAUGCUGGGAGUUCUGUACCAGUAUCGAUCCGGGUUCGCGUUGAAGUCGAUGUCCCUCAAGCGCCUGAGGACGGCUUACUCGUGAAGAUCCAUGCAGCCGGAGUGUGCCAUAGUGACAUCACUCUGUUAGAGAUGGAGCCACAACCACCCAAUCAUUUGAAAAAGUAUACACUGGGCCAUGAAGGUUGUGGCGAAGUUAUCUCUGUUGGUUCCGCCGCCAGCAAGUUUGUACCGGGUGACAUAGUCGCCAUCUUGUCGAUCCCAGGAUGUGGGAAGCACACCUGCCCGGAAUGUACCAGGGGUCUUGAAGCGCUUUGCCAGACUGGCGAACGCUACAGGAUCGGAUACCAUGGCUCGUUUGCCCCAUAUGUUGCCGUUCGAGAAAGAGCCGCAGUCAAACUACCUUCUGGGCUGAGUCCUGUACUCGGGGCAGUUGUAACUGACGCUGUCUUGACUGCAUACGGCGCUACUGUUGAAAGAGCCAACGUUAAGAAAUCAGAUACUGUGUUGCUAUUCGGACUUGGUGGGCUAGGCUUCAAUGCGCUACAGAUUAUACUCAGUAUUGGGGCGAGGGUCAUUGUGGCAGAUAACCGACAGGAAGUGCUCGAUGAGGCUGUCAAAUUUGGCGUUAAGGCCAAAAAUGUAGUUCCGCCCGGAACCAGUGCCGCUGAAUUCGUCACAAGGAACAAGCUGGUCAUUGACAAGACCGUGGACUUUGUUGGUGUUUCAGAUACCUUUAGAGCGGCUAUUGACUCUGUGAGGAUAGGGGGAACUGUGGUGGUGGUCGGUCUUAUAAACCCUCAUCUGUCAUUCAAUUCACGUCCCACAAUACUAAAGGCGGUUGACAUUCUUUUCACCUUUGGAGGAUCAUACACGAGUCUCGAGGCCUCUCUAGACCUCGUCACAAAGGAGAUUGUUAAACCACAGGUCGUAACUAGAGGCAUGCAUGAACUUCCUCAAGCUUUGGAGGAUUUACAUCAUGGAAAGGUGAAAAGUAGAGUGGUUCUUGUACCCGAGAUCCUAGCUUAACCGCUUCUAUUGAUUGAUAGCGUGAUAGGGCUAUAAAGGAAGAAACGGUAAUGAUGUAACCAUCUAGUAGCGUAAAGGUAAUUCUAGCUAUCUUCAGUCCUUUCGACGUCUUUGCUAGUAACAAAGCAGAAUAGUUGCUGUUCAACUGUAUACAUCUGACCUCACUAUCGCUUGUUUUAUCUCACA